AGUUCUGCCGCAUCGACAAGGCGCUGUGCCACGACGAGGACGAGCAGCUCAGCUUCGAGGCCGUGCGCAACAUCCACAAGCAGAUGGACGACGACGCCAACGGCAACGUGGACGUGGAGGAGAGCGACGAGUUCUUGAGGGAAGACUUGAAUUACCACGACCCAGCAGUCAAGCACAGCACUUUCCAUGGAGAAGACAAGCUCAUCAGCGUGGAAGAUCUCUGGAAGGCCUGGAAAACAUCCGAAGUGUACAACUGGACGGUGGAUGAGGUGGUUCAGUGGCUCAUUUCCUACGUGGAGCUGCCCCAGUACGAGGAGACCUUCAGGAAACUGCAGCUGAGCGGCCACGCCAUGCCCAGGCUGGCAGUGAACAACGCCACCAUGAUGGGCACGGUGCUCAAAAUGACGGACCGCAGCCACCGGCAGAAGCUGCAGCUCAAGGCUCUGGACACGGUGCUCUUCGGGCCCCCUCUGUUGACUCGUCACAACCACCUCAAGGACUUCAUGCUGGUGGUGUCCAUUGUCAUCGGCGUGGGCGGCUGCUGGUUCGCCUACAUCCAGAACCGCUACUCCAAGGAGCACAUGAAGAAGAUGAUGAAGGACCUGGAGGGUCUCCACAGGGCUGAGCAGUCUCUCCAUGACCUACAGGAGAGGCUGCAGAAGGCGCAGGAGGAGCAUCGCUCCGUGGAGGUGGAGAAGGUGCACCUGGAGAAGAAGCUGCAGGACGAGAUCAGCAUUGCCAAGCAGGAGGCACACAGGCUGCGGGAGCUGCGCGAGGGCACCGAGAACGAGCUCAGCCGGCAGAAGUACGCGGAGCAGGAGCUGGAGCAGGUGCGGAUGGCACUGAAGAACGCGGAGAAGGAGCUGGAGUCCCACUGCAGCUGGGCAGCCCCCGAGGCCCUGCAGAAGUGGCUGCAGCUGACCCACGAGGUGGAGGUGCAGUACUACAACAUCAAGAAGCAGAACGCAGAGAAGCAGCUGCUGGUGGCCAAGGAAGGGGCUGAAAAGAUCAAAAAGAAGCGAAACACCCUUUUUGGGACGUUCCAUGUUGCUCAUAGUUCCUCUCUGGACGAUGUCGAUCAUAAAAUCCUAACUGCAAAACAAGCUCUGAGCGAGGUGACGGCGGCGCUGCGGGAGCGGCUGCACCGCUGGCAGCAGAUCGAGCUCCUGUGCGGCUUCCAGAUCGUCAACAACCCCGGCAUCCACUCGCUGGCCUCGGCCCUCAACAUCGACCCCGGCUGGAUGGGCACGCCCCGGCCCAACCCCUCCCACUUCAUCAUGACCGACGACGUGGACGACCUGGACGAGGAGCUGGUGUCACCCAUGUCCAUCCAAUAUGCAGCCUGGCUUUUCGGGCGCAGGUUCAGCGACCGCUCCUCGCUGUCCUUGGAGGAUCAGUCCCUCUGGAAAUACCCCGCUCCGGCCUUGCCCAGCACAGUCCGGCAGCGCCUGGUGGAGCCGCAGCACGGCCACGGAUCGCAGAGGUUGGUAGAGAGUCUCGUGCCGGGGCAGCCCGAGGCGGGCCCCGUGGCCCCGUUCCGGGCGGGCCGAGUGUCCCUGCGCCGAAUGCACAGCCUCACCUCCGGACAGUCCUUCAGCUCCGACCUGCCCGGCUCCAGCCCAUCGCCUGCCUCCACCUCCUCCACCUCCUGCUCCUCAUCCACCACCACCGCACCUGCUCCUGCUUGCCAUGUCCACCCUAUCUAUUACCAUCACACCACCUCUUAUUUCCUCCAGAUGGAUUCCAUCCCCGACCUGCCCCCUCCUGAUGUCACCUCUGGAGUUCGCUGUCGCACUGGGAGCUUUGGAGAUUUAACUCGCUGCGACUCCGACUCCUCCAUCCCGCACCUGAGCGACCACCAGCGUAUCCCCAGCUCGGCGCCCAAGCUGCUGGCUGCCCGGCCCACGCUGCUGACCCGCUCCGUGGAGGAGGCUGUCCCCGGGCCCCCGGGCCCCGGCGCGCCCACCCCCAACGGCGGCAGCCGGCACGGGGAGCCCCCGGCGCUGGCGGCUUUGCAGGAGCGGCCGCCCGAGAGCCCCGCGGUGAUGAAGAAGAUGAUGAUGGUGAACCACGGCAUGGAGAAGUCCUCCAGCCUGGGGGAGAUGGGCCACCCGACGGCCGGCAAGCCCAGCCACUCGGAUUCGUCGCGGUCGCACAGCCCCAGCUCCACCGACCCCGACACCCCCUCCCCCAUCUCUGACUGCCGGCCCGGCGGCGCCAGGAACACCCGCAUCCCGCAGCUGGCCGCCAAGAAGAGCCCGGGGGACGAGGACAGCAGCCUGACGGGCGACGAGGUUGACCUCGGCCAGAGCAAGAAAAAGUUCCCCCUAAAGAUCUUCAAGAAGCCCAAGAAGUAGGGGGAGGACACCCCCGGACGCGUCCCGCCGGGCCCGGGGCCGGCCGUGCGCCGGGAACGCAGCGCGGCCCCGGCACGCUCCGCUCCCCGAGUCACCCCCAGCGCCGGCACCGGAGGAGCUAUUUAAACUUAUUUAUUUCCUCAUCUCCGAGACGAAAAACCGCGACGCCGCCGGCUCCCCCGGGAGAAGAGCCGCCCCUGCCCUCCCCUCCGACCGCUGCGGUCCCGGCUUUGCUGUGCAUGGCUUCCAGUUACUCCUGCUCCGCUCAGCCACGCGGCCUUUGGGUUUGGUUUCAAUGUGGUUUUGUUUUGUUUUGUUUUUAAUUUUAAUUUUUUUUAAAUUGUCGUUAUUGAUUUGUUUUCCUGCCUCCUCCGACUUUUGCACAGGCUGAUGGAGGGUCGGGGCGCUCCCCCCGGCGUGGCUCGGCUCUCAGCGGUUCUCCCUCAUUUCCCCGAGUCACUUUUCCACCGCGGCCCCCCACGGCUGCGGCCCUGGGAAGGGGAUCCCCGCCCCGAGCAGCUCUCGCUAGGCAGGAGCGGGGAGGACUCUGCCCCUGCCGGUACUUGUGCGUCCCGCAGCGCCCUGCCCGGGGCCCGGGCUGGGGCUCGGGGGGGAGCAGCCCACGCCCGGCACCGGUUCGCUUCCCCGGGCACCCUCCGCAGCCCUCCGGGACCCGGCUGAGCGCCCUGGUGACAAGGGACGGGAGGGAGGGCUCAUCCCGAGGGGUGUCGGUGCAGAGCCGGCUCCGGCUGCCACAUGCGCACGAAGAGGAGGGGGCUCCCGGGAGCGGGGCCCGUCCCCUGUCCCCGUGUCCCCGUGUCCCCUGUCCUGGCUGGGCAGGGCCAGAGGGAGGGACCAGGAGGGGACGGGCUGUGCCUGGCCGGCAGGACCACGACAGAGUCCUCCCUGCCCUGGGGCAGGCCGGGCGCUGGGGGCUCUGUGCCCUCCCGAGGGACGCGGCAGGAGGCUCACACAGGCAGCGUCCCCGGGUCUCAGUCGGUCCUGAGCCGCUCCCAGGGGCUCUCCCGUCCUCCCUCUGCACACUGGGGGUCACAUCCUGCUGCUCACAGCCCCCGGCUCACCUCGGGCUGUCCCCAUCGCAGCCCCGGCCACUGAGGGGGUCCCCACUCGGGCAGGAACUGCAGCUGAGUCCCCCUCCCUCUGAGGGCUGAGCCUGUCCCGAGGGAUGAGCCCUGAUCCAUCCCCAGGGCCGAGCACGGUUCCAUCCCGAGGGAUGAGCCCUGCUCCAUCCCCAGGGCUGAGCACAGUUCCAUCCCGAGGGAUGAGCCCUGAUCCAUCCCCAGGGCUGAGCACGGUUCCAUCCCGAGGGAUGAGCCCUGAUCCAUCCCCAGGGCUGAGCACGGUUCCAUCCCGAGGGGUGAGCCCUGAUCCAUCCCCAGGGCCGAGCACAGUUCCAUCCCGAGGGAUGAGCCCUGAUCCAUCCCCAGGGCUGAGCACAGUUCCAUCCCGAGGGGUGAGCCCUGAUCCAUCCCCAGGGCUGAGCACAGUUCCAUCCCGAGGGAUGAGCCCUGAUCCAUCCCCAGGGCUGAGCACGGUUCCAUCCCGAGGGAUGAGCCCUGAUCCAUCCCCAGGGCCGAGCACAGUUCCAUCCCGAGGGAUGAGCCCUGAUCCAUCCCCAGGGCUGAGCACAGUUCCAUCCCGAGGGAUGAGCCCUGACCCAUCCCCAGGGCCGAGCACAGUUCCAUCCCGAGGGGUGAGCCCUGAUCCUGCUCCAUCCUGAGGGAUGAGCCCUGAUCCUGCUCCAUCCCCAGGGAUGAGCCCUGAUCCUGCUCCAUCCCCAGGGAUGAGCCCUGCUCCUGCUCCAUCCCUGGUCCCGGCUCCAUCCCCAGGGCUGGGCCUUGCUCCCCGCCCUUGCCCCCUCUCCCAGGUCCUCCAGGAGCAUCCCCCAGCCCGGGGCUGCCAGGGGAGCCCCAAGCCCCCUCCCACCCCACUGGGGGCAGCCCCUGGCACCACCUGACCGCAGGGUUCCUGUCCUCAGCACCCCCUCCGUCCCCAGGCCACCAUCCCACACACGCUUGGGGCUGCGGAGGGGGCUGCUCCCGCCGAGGCAGAGGAGGAUGCACGACGCGGGGAGGAAGAGGAGGCCAGGCUGGAUGCCAAGAGGCCCCGGGGCCUUGCUUUAUGCCAGAGUAAUAUAUUUGUGUCUUGACAAUUCAGGAAGGGCUACAAAGGUGUUUUUUUGUUCCGUAGGUGGGAGUUAAACAAUUUCACUGUUGCUUUGGGAUAAGUGAAAAAUUCCUCUCAAUGACUUUUAAGUGCCUGCAUUUCCCUGGGGACGGGGGGGAGGACGCGCUCGGCCCCGCAGCCGGGGCUGCUGCCCGGGCACCCCGAUUCCGUGGGCACCCCGCUUUGUGGGCACCCCGCUUUGUGGGCACCCCGAUUUUGUGGGCACCCCAAUUCCGUGGGCACCCCAGUUCACGGGCACAGCCCCCCGGGAGCGGGGCCGGCGGGGUCGGGGCCGGAGCUGCUUGUGGUGGCAGAGACCUGUGGAUGCUUCUGGAGAAGGGGUUGGGGAUCCACCAAACGGCAACUGUUGACGCAUCUGCCAACUCUUGAUUUAAGGUGGUUUUUUUCGGUUUUUUUUUGUUUUUUGUUUUUUGUUUUUGUCAUUUCAUAAAACUUUUCAAUCCAAUAAAGCAUGUAGUCUAUUUUACGA